AUGCGAUUCGGCGUACUUGCAGCAACGCUGCUCUCCACUGCCGUCGUCCGCGCAGAUGUUGCGGACGACCUCGAGGAUGCCGCCGGCCAUGCUUCAAUGUCAGCAUCCUCUUUCGUAGAGUCGGUCACUUCCUCCGCUCUAUCGAAGCCCACCUUCACUCCUACAAAGCUCAAAGCUCCCUUCCUAGAGCAGUUCGCAGACGACUGGGAGACACGGUGGAAGCCUUCCCACGCCAAGAAGCAAAACGACAAGUCCACAGAGGAGGAGUGGGCCUAUGUCGGCAACUGGGCGGUCGAAGAGCCAUCUGUCCUCAAGGGCAUUCAGGGCGACAAGGGCCUAGUCAUCAAGGACAAGGCUGCCCAUCAUGCCAUUUCGGCGAAGUUCCCAAAGGCGAUCGACAACACGAAGAACACUUUGGUCGUCCAGUAUGAAGUCAAGCUCCAGGAUGGGCUGGAGUGUGGUGGCGCAUACAUGAAGCUCCUCCAGGACAACAAGGAGCUUCAAUCCGACGAGUUCUCGAACGCCUCGCCCUAUGUGAUUAUGUUCGGCCCUGACAAGUGCGGUGCCACAAACAAGGUUCAUUUCAUCUUCAGGCACAAGAACCCGAAGACUGGCGAAUAUGAAGAGAAGCACCUCAAGAACCCUCCAAUGGCCCGCAUUGUCAAGACCACCUCGCUCUACACCUUGAUCGUCAAUCCCGAUCAGACCUAUCAGAUCAAGAUUGACGGCGAAUCCAUGCGCAAUGGCAGCCUUCUCGAGGACUUCACGCCGUCUGUCAACCCCGAGAAGGAGGUCGACGACCCGAACGACAGGAAGCCUGAGGAUUGGGUCGAGGAGGCCCGCAUCCCUGAUCCUGAGGCUACCAAGCCCGAGGACUGGGACGAGGAUGCGCCAUACGAGAUUGUUGACGAGGAGGCGACCAAGCCAGAUGACUGGCUAGAGGACGAGCCGACCAUGAUCCCGGAUCCUGAAGCGGAGAAGCCUGAGGACUGGGAUGACGAGGAGGAUGGCGACUGGAUCCCGCCUAUGGUCCCCAAUCCUAAGUGCGAUGAAGCCUCUGGCUGUGGCCCAUGGACGCAACCCAUGAAGAAGAACCCAGCCUACAAGGGCAGGUGGUCUCCGGCUUACAUUGAAAACCCGGCGUACAAGGGCGUCUGGGCUCCGCGCAAGAUUGCCAAUCCUGACUACUACGAGGAUCCGACUCCGGCCAACUUUGAGCCAAUUGGCGCUAUCGGCUUCGAAAUCUGGACCAUGCAGAAGGACAUCCUCUUUGACAACAUCUACAUCGGGCACUCCGUUGCCGAUGCCGAGAAGCUCAAGAAGGAGACCUACGAUGUCAAGAUCGCCUCUGAGAAGGCCGAAGAAGCGGCCACUAAGCCCAAGACCGAGGACACGCCCCCGAAGUCGCCCAUGGACCUGAAGUUCAAGGACGACCCAGUGCUCUACAUUCGCGAGAAGCUGGACCUCUUCUUGACCAUCGCUAAGAAGGACCCCAUCCAGGCCGUCAAGUUCAUGCCUGAGGUUGCGGGUGCCCUUGGCGUCACCGCCUUGACUGUCCUCGCUCUCUUGAUCUCUCUGGUCGGUCUUGGUGGUGCCGCUGCUCCUUCGAAGGAACAGAUCAAGGAUGCGGCGCAGAAGGCCAAGGAGACGGCGGUGGAUGUCAAGGACCAGGCGGCAGAAGCUGUGAGCUCUGGCGCUGAGAAGGCGCAGGCCGAGUUGAACAAGCGCAACACGAGGUCCCAGAAGGUCGAUUCGUAG